AAUAAAUAAUACAAAAUAUGCGUUACCUCAGUGUGGUCGGGUUCAUUCGAUUUGAAAAUGGCUGACACUGCAACGGAGUCAACGAAAGGGAAGACCAAGUUCUCAGCAAUGUCGGGAAUGCGAAGGCGGAGCUCCAAAACGACGGCGUUCUUCUCCGUUUUGCUCUUUCUGGUGCUGCUCGGUGGCUUGGUCCCAGUCUUCGCUCCUCUUCCUUCUCUUUCACCUCUUCAUCAUCAGCUUCGACACAAGAGCAUGAAUGAACGAAAAUUCGAGGUUGCUGAGGACAUGUUCUGGAAAGAUGGUAAGCCAUUUCAGAUUAUUGGUGGCGAUGUGCAUUAUUUCCGGGUACUUCCUGAGUAUUGGGAGGAUAGGCUUUUACGAGCUAAGGCUUUGGGCUUAAAUACCAUCCAAAUUUAUGUUCCUUGGAAUCUGCAUGAACCAAAACCUGGCAAGCUGGUUUUUGAGGGUAUUGCAGAUCUAGUAUCAUUUCUCGAACUCUGUCAAAAGCUGGAUUUGCUUGUUAUGCUUCGAGCUGGGCCUUACAUAUGUGCUGAGUGGGAUUUGGGGGGUUUCCCAGCUUGGCUGCUUGCCAUAAAACCAGCUCUCAAACUCAGGUCAUCAGAUCCUGCUUACCUUCGAUUGGUUGAAAGAUGGUGGGGAGUCCUACUCCCAAAGAUAGCUCCUCUUCUUUAUGACAAUGGAGGCUCUAUUAUAAUGGUUCAGAUUGAGAAUGAAUUUGGGUCAUAUGGAGAUGACAAGGCCUACCUUCAUCACCUUGUUACAUUGGCCAGAGCACAUCUUGGGGAAGAAAUUGUUUUGUAUACGACGGACGGAGGUAGGAGGGAAAAUCUUCAGAAGGGGACUAUAAGUGGAGACGCUGUUUUUUCUGCUGUUGACUUCUCUACUGGUGAUGAGCCUUGGCCUAUAUUUAAGUUACAAAAGGAGUUCAAUGCCCCAGGAAAAUCACCACCGCUUUCUUCGGAGUUUUAUACUGGCUGGCUUACACACUGGGGGGAGAAGAUAGCAGCAACUAGUGCAGAUUCCACAGCAUCUUACCUAGAAAAGAUUUUAUCAAAGAACGGUUCUGCAGUGCUUUAUGUGGCACAUGGUGGGACAAACUUUGGAUUUUACAAUGGAGCAAAUACUGGAGUGGAUGAUUCUGAUUAUAAGCCUGAUCUAACUUCUUAUGAUUAUGAUGCACCAAUUAAGGAAUCUGGUGAUGUGGACAAUGCAAAAUUCAAAGCAAUUCGGGGGGUGGUAGAGAAAUAUAGUGCUACAUCUCUUCCUUCAAUUCCUCCGGAUAAUGCAAAGGCAGGAUAUGGACCUAUUCAGUUACAGAAAACAGCAUUGUUGUUUGAUUUACUUGAUACUAUAGAUCCUGCAGAUGUAGUUCAAUCUGAAAACCCAAUUUCAAUGGAGUCUGUGGGUCAGAUGUUUGGAUUUCUAUUGUAUGUAUCUGAAUAUGUUGGAAAGAACCGUGGAAGUAGUCUGCGCAUACCAAAGGUGCAUGACAGAGCUCAAGUGUUGAUAUCAUGCCCAUCUGGAGAUAAUGGUGGAAAGCCAGAAUAUGUCGGUACAAUUGAAAGAUGGUCAAAUCAAGCACUUGGCCUCCCUAAUGCUAGAUGUGUCUCCAACAUCAGCUUGUAUAUUUUGGUUGAAAACAUGGGUCGUGUAAAUUAUGGGCAAUACCUGUUUGAUGAGAAGGGUAUUUUGUCUUCGGUUUAUUUGGAUGGGAAAGUUCUGCAUGGAUGGAAAAUGUACUCUAUUCCUUUUCACAACCUCAAUGAGGUGCCAAAAAUCAAUCCCAUCAUUCAGGUUGCAUCUUCUGGAUCCAUUCAACAAUCUGCCCGCAAAAAAUUAGAACAUAAACAUGGGACCAUUUCGAAAGAACCCGCAUUCUUUGCCGGCCGUUUUAGUAUUGAUAAAGUAAACCAAGUUAAAGAUACAUACAUAUCUUUCAGUGGUUGGGGUAAAGGGAUUGCAUUUGUUAAUGAAUUUAACAUAGGAAGAUAUUGGCCGUCUUUUGGACCACAAUGCAAUCUUUAUGUCCCUGCUCCUAUCCUUCAUGAUGGUGAAAAUGUUGUGGUCAUAUUUGAGUUAGAAUCUCCCAACUCUGAGCUUGUGGUACAUUCAGUUGAUAAGCCAGAUUUCAUGUGUGGUUCAAGCAGAUCAACAUGUACACAAGCUUUAAGUCUACCGGCACGGUUAAACAUCCAACAUCUCGUGCCAAGCUGAUAACAUUGAGAAGGUAAGAGUUUAACAUAUACGGAAUGUCGAAUUCUGAAUAUCUUCCUCAUGCACAAUAUUUUAUCACAUUCCUCACCCCGGUGGAGAAGACAUUGCAUGAACGAUAGUACUUGGGAUAUGGACGAUUGUAUCGGUGUGGAGAAAAUUCCGAUUCAAGAAAAAGCAUUGUAUAGUUUACUUAUUUCAUGCACAGUAUAACUCUUCUGUUAGCAUAUUUGUUGUGGCAAUCAAUUGAUAAUGGUUUGAAGACCUGAUUAUAUCGUGGAAUCUAAAUUGACAUAAAUAAUUAUUUUAUUCCA